AUGGGCAAUUCCUCCAGUUCUCCGGUGCAGAAGUGUCUCGAGAAUGCGAUUGGAAAAGAGAAUGUUGCUUCCAAGAACACGCCAUUUUUCCAACUCUCACACGUCAAGCUGUAUAACCUCGAUAUACCGCUGACGCCAGCGGCUAUUACGUACCCCAAAACUACCGACGAGAUCGCCGCAGUCGUCAAAUGUGCCGUGCAUAACAGCCUCAAAGUUCAGCCGCGCAGUGGCGGACACUCCUACGCCAACUACGGUAUAGGUGGUCAGGACAGCACCAUUGUAGUCGACAUGAAGUCUUUCCAGCAAUUCUCCAUGGAUGAGUCAACCUGGCAGGCUACUAUCGGUAGUGGAACGCUUUUAGGCGAUGUCACGAAGCGAUUACACGACAACGGCAAGCGUGCUAUUGCCCAUGGCACUUGUCCACAAGUAGGUAUUGGAGGUCAUGCAACGAUUGGUGGCCUAGGACCAACAUCUCGGAUGUGGGGGUCCUCACUCGAUCAUGUAGAAGAGGUAGAGGUGGUUCUGGCCAACUCGACAGUAGUGCGUGCUUCGAGAGAACAGAAUCCAGAUAUCUUCUUCGCGAUGAAGGGAGCUGCAGCCGGUUUUGGGAUAGUCACCGAGUUCAAGGUCCGCACUCAGGCUGAGCCUGGUGAAGCUGUGCUUUACUCGUACAAUUUCCACGAUGGCUCUUCUGCAACAAAGGCUGAGGCGUUCAAGAAGUGGCAAAAGCUCGUCUCCGAACCCGAGCUCUCUAGGAAGUUUGCGAGUCAAUACAUCUUGACGGAACAAUUUGGCGCUAUCAUCACGGGCACUUUCUUCGGUAGCCAGACUGAAUUCGACAGCCUGAACAUUACCUCCCGUCUUCCUUCGAGUUCAGGAUCUGACUCAAUAGAACUUAAAGAUUGGCUUGGUGUGGUAGGUCACUGGAGCGAAGAUGUGGCUUUGGAAAUUGUGGGGGGCAUACAGUCUAACUUCUACGCCAAAUCUCUCGCAUACACAGAGAAAGACAUAAUACCCGACAUCGCAGUCGACAAGCUCUUCACGCAUAUUGAAGGAGCAGACAAAGGUGGCGCGCUGUGGUUCAUCAUUUGGGACCUUGAGGGCGGCGCUGUCAACGACGUGGCAUCUGAUGCUACAGCGUACGGACACCGUGACGCGCUCUUCUAUCAUCAAUCGUAUGCUAUAAAUAUGUUUGGAAAGGUAAACAACAAAACUCGUAAGUUUCUUACCGAUGUGAACGAUAUCAUCAUCGAUGCGUUACCAAACCACGACCAAGGAGCGUAUGCAGGUUAUGUAGAUCCUGAAUUAGGUGACAACAGCGCGCGCCUGUAUUGGGGUGGCAACGUCGAUAGAUUGGAGCGCAUCAAGGCGGAAAUCGAUCCGUUGGACGUGUUUUCUAAUCCGCAGAGCGUACGGCCGGCGAAGAAAUCAUCAAAAAGGCUGGUGUUGUAG